CAGAGUCUAGUACUGCCUACAAUAAAUCCGUGAACCCUAUUCGCUCAACCGGAUUUUCUUACUUUGUUAAAUAGCCAGUUGAAGUUUGUUUCUUUUGUCUCUUUGCAUUGUAGUAGUUGUUUGGAAUCUGCGAUUGAAGAAGAUCAAAGCAAAAGUAUUCGAGAAUCAUGGGCAACUGCAUGGAGACAGAAGGAGAUCAUGGAGAGGAGAAGCAAGAGGAUGAAAGAGGAAGAAGAUUUGUGAAAGCGAAUGGUGGUGUGAGCAUGAAAGUUGUGGUGACAAAGGAGGAGCUAAAAUGGCUGAUACUGAAACUGAAAGAGGAGAAAGGAAUGAGAUUGGAGGAAAUGGUGACAGAGAUAGAAAGAAUGAGAGAAGACAGAGUUGAAGGGUGGAAACCUUCCUUGGAUAGCAUCAUGGAAGCUCCUGAAAUGCUUGACAUGGAUAACACCACAUCCACAUCAACACAGCUUUCUCUGUAAAUUCAAUACUCUUGUUUUCUUUUUCCAUUUUUAGAAUACUCAAACAUCAUCAACUAGGAUUUUCCUUUGUUUCUAGAUCUUAUAUUUUUGUUUUGGUCGCGUCUGUUGCAAUAGAUCUUCCUCUGCUAGAUUCUGUGAUGUCCUUUGAUGUUGUGUGGUGUUAGAUUCUUCAUUCAUUCUGAUCUA